CGCACGCCCAACGGACGAUCUCCUUCGGGGUUGCCGCUCACUUGCACCCCCGCCUGGCGUCUUCCGAAGCGACAUCAAUUACCCCAAGCCUGGCACUUGCCGCAAGCCUAGGCCGUGAAGAGCCCCGAUCUUUCCAGCCAUGAACUUUGACUCGGGGACGGCGUAUGCGGAGUCGGAUGCCGACGACGAGUACGAGAGAGACAUUCACGGCAGCUCCCCGAUCGCUACGGACGUCGAGACCUCUCCCAUCGAUUCCGACCCGCAAUCAGCCGAGCAUACGCCCACUACGUACGGCUACCGUUCGAGUGCCGACAGACUCCCCGAGACUAUCAUAUCCGAGUGGACCGCCGAAGAAUGUGCAGACUUUAUCGCCAGCAUAGGCUUACAACAAUACUCAGACAUCUUUAUCGAGAAUGAAAUCGUCGGCGAGGCCCUCGUUGCCCUGCAACACGAGGACCUCAAGGCGAUGGGGAUCAACAGCGUUGGGCACCGACUGACAAUCCUCAAGUCGGUGUACGAUGUCAAGAAGGCCCAAGACGUGCCCAUCGAGCCCGACCAUUAUAUGCCGCUGACUGCCGAGACGCAAGCACAAUCGUCUUACGCUACUCUGAAGGACAUCAAGCAGCUGGUGGAACAGCUGCGUCUCCGGGAUGAGAGGAUAGCAUUGGUUGAGCAAGACAUUCGCAGGUUGAUGGAGGAUUACAGGAGGUUGCGAGAAGACGUGCUGCCAGCAGUACGGAUGGUGAAAGAUGCCCAGCAGCCUCUGCCCAACGUCAGCAAUAACGGCCCGGCCUACGAGAACUCUCUCUCGCCCCCCGCACCCGCACAAUCCACCGCGGGUCAGUCGGGCGCGGGGGUGAAACGCCAAUACUCGACCAAGAAGAUCAUGCUCGGAACGACACCAAAAGCCACAUCCCCGACCCACCUCCAGACAACCCACGACCGCUCGAUAGUCGAACAGACGCUCGACCCUUCCAGCGCCGCCGAACGAGCCGUCCACUCGUCGGCGCAUCUAGCCGCCAUGAACGGCACCGGCGGAAGCUCCUCGUCACCAUCCUACCCUUCCCCCAAUAUGCCGAGCCCCACCUCCCCGCCCACUGGGAUGCUCACGGGCACGACACUCGGCGCGCGGUCCUACCGCUCCGCCGACCAGACAACGCCCUCAUCCCGCUCCACCUUCGGCCAGGACGAUCACUACAACCAAUCCAAGAACACGGCGCCCCGCAGGAUGCAAACACCAGCCCCGGAAACUCCCGGCGCGGCGAACAACGCCUCUGUCGAGAUCUUCAAGUCGUUCCGUGUCAGCAUGGAUGACCCGUGCUACAAGGUGCUCCCAGCGGCGCUCAAGAAGUACCAGAUCAACGCACCCUGGGACCAGUACGCGCUGUACAUUGUCUACGGCGACCAGGAGCGCUGUCUGGCGCUUGACGAGAAGCCCCUCAUCCUAUUCAAGCAGCUGGACAAGGAGGGCAAAAAGCCCAUGUUUAUGCUGCGCAAGACCAACAACGCACCUGCAGAAAGCGCUGCCGGCGAUGGGCCCGGGAGUGCCGGGCUUGGCGGAGGUUCAGGUGCUGCCGCGGGUGGGGCCAGGAGCACCGGUGUGGGCUAUGACCCACCGGGAGGCAUCAUUUAGGGACCUGGCAGCGGCGACCUGUGAUGGUUUUAACCCCAGUUGGGGGUGGUUGUGGGCUGGAGUUGGGAGUCGGGGAGGACGCUUUUACCCUCGUCCGUUGUG